AUGAGCUGUAGGUUCAAGAAAGAUGAAGGAAUGAGAAUGAUUAAAACGUUCAUCUCCAGUGCACAUGCAAAGCCCCCUCAAAAUCAUGGAUUAAUUCAAAGUAUCAAGGAUGUCUUUCUUGAUUUCUUUGGCAAGAUUUGUGAAGGAGAAGGGCCUUACCUGAUCAAAGAAGAAAAUCCUGCUCAUCUGCUUGAGAUAUUAAGAACGCAACUCAUAGACCCAAAUGUUUUCUCAGAAGGAGGAUGCUAUCUAAGGGGUGAGUGGUGCUCAUAUCGUUCAGCCAUGGAGCUCAAGAGAGCAGGAAUACGUUUCAGGCGUGGAAAAAGUCGUCGUCCUUCAGACAUUAAGUUCAACUCAUUUCAUUGCUCGGCUCUUUUAACACUUCCAUCUAUAACCAUAGAUGAUUCAACCAAGUCAGAGCUUUUAAACUUGGUUGCAUAUGAGGCAUGUCCUGACACACCAGAUGACUUUGGAGUUACAUCUUAUCUUUGCUUCAUGGAUUCACUAAUUGAUCAUGCUGAAGAUGUGAAGGAGCUGAGAUCCAAAGGUAUACUUCUUAACUUUCUUGGAAGUGACCAAGAAGUAGCAGAUCUCUUCAAUGAAAUAGCAACAGAUUUGGUGCCUAAUCCACAUGCCUUUGUUGGUGUGAAAGACAAAAUUGAGAAUCAUUACAAUAACAAAGGAAAAAUAUGGAUUGCUGAGUGGAAGAACACUCAUUUUACUACCCCAUGGACUAUUUUUGCAUUUAUUGCCGCAAUUUUUGUCAUAGGUUUGGAAGUUACUGGUACAGGUCUAUCAGGUAUCCAAACCUACUUUGCAGUCCAUCCAAAAGGCAGCUAG